AUGAGGCGGACGAUAUUUGCCGUCCCUGAGAAAAUCGAACCGGCCGAGAGCAAAAAGGGAACGCACGGGGACGGCGACGGCGGUGGUGAGGACGACGGUCUCGAUGCGAAGUUUGGGAAGAAGAAAGCGAAGAAGAUCCGACUUGAUCAGGCCGCCGAGGAUGAUGGGGUGUGGUAUGAUAUGAGCCUGUGGAAGGCUAUGUAUCGCGCUACGAAGCGGCGGUUUUGGGUUGCGACGAUCAUCGAGGGUGUUGGCUACGGUCUCCAGAUCACAGCUCCCCUCGUCACCCGCUUGAUUAUACAGCAGCUCAAUACCGCCCAUACAUUCGCAGCCGUCCGAGCUAGUGGGACAAGCACGGAAGGACUCUCGGAACCGCCCUCUCAGGCGUAUGGGAUCGGGUUGGCUUUGGGGCUGUUUGCGAUGUUGUGGAUCGCGGGUUUGUGUUUGGCGCAGGCGGAGCAGAGGCUGUUCACGAUUGGGUAUAUGCUGAGGUCCGCGUGUGUUGAUCUGAUCUCGAGAAAGUCGCUGCGAUUAUCUGGUCGAACUCGCCUGGAAAUGACGAAUGGACACCUGACGAAUCUCGUAUCGUCAGAUGCUUCUUACCUGGAAUGGGCAGUCCCUAGAUGUGCAGACUCUCUCACCAUGACCCCCCAGAUCGUCAUUGGGAUCGGACUACUCAUUUACACGCUUGGCUACUCGGCGCUCGUCGGAUUGGCAGUCCUGGCUCUGGCUGCUCCCAUCCAGUCCUUCUUCUUCGCCCGUAUGCUCCGCUACCGCCAGUCCCAACAAACAAUCGUCGACGCCCGCAUCCGGCUCCUGUCAGAAGUUAUAGCCCAUAUCCGCUCCGUAAAGCUGUACGCUUACGGCGCGCACUUCGAGGAGGAAGUCAACGAGCUGCGAAAGGCGGAAUUGGGAAAGUUGAGGGAUAAUGGGCUGAAUCGGGCGACGAUGACUGGGGUGUCGUACCUCCUUCCCAUGCUCGCAGCUAUCCUGUCGUUCGUCACGUAUAGCUUGAUAGGCCAUACCCUCGACGCGGCCAUCAUCUUCUCCGCCCUGCAGUACUUCAAUAUUCUCGAAAUGCCGAUUUCGUUCCUGCCCAUGAUCUUGACUGCACUGAGUGACGCCAUGUCUGCCGUCCGGCGGAUCAACGACCUGCUGAAAGCGGAGGAGAUGGCUCAGUCGCUCAAUAUCGAUAAGCAAGCUCGGUAUGCGGUCGACUGUCGCGGAGACUUCGAGUACGAUGUCGGUCCUCCGCCGGAAGAGGUGGAUGUCGAGGAGAGUACAGAAAAAGCAGCGCCGGCAAGUCUGCCUUUCAGGCUCACCGAUCUGGAUAUCAGGAUCCCUAAAGGAGCGCUAGUCUGCAUUGUUGGACGAGUGGGGACUGGAAAGAGCGCGCUCUUAUCUGGACUUCUUGGGGAUAUGCGGCAGAGCAAGGGGUAUACUCGAUUCAGCGGCACUGUAAGCUAUGUUCCACAACAAGCUUGGGUCAUGUCCGGCUCAGUACGGGACAACAUCACUUUCGGCAUUCCUCUAGCCGACAUCGACCACAACCGACUAGAAUGGGUCAUUGAUGCCUGUGGGCUCAAGCAGGAUAUCGCAGGAAUGAAACAAGGACUCGAAACGAAAGUGGGCGAGCGCGGAACCACCCUCUCUGGGGGACAACGGCAACGCCUCUGCCUUGCACGCGCGGCAUACGCCCGAUCUGGCAUCGUACUCCUCGAUGACCCGCUCUCGGCCGUAGAUGCCCAAGUGGGCCAUCAUCUCUUGCACCAUUGUAUACUCCGAGGACCACUCGCGGGGAGGACGAGGGUGCUUGUGACGCAUCAGCUGGAUGUGUUGCCGAGGGCGGAUUGGGUUAUUGUUUUGGAUUCGGAGGGUGAAAUUGGGAGAGUGAUUCAGCAGGGGACGUAUAGGGAUCUCGUUAAUCGGAACGGCGCACUCAGGGGCAUGAUCCGCGAAUCGAUGGCGCAGAAUCGGCCCUUAUCGUCCGCUCGACCUCUUUCUGUUCUUCCCGACAUCCAGAACCUGCGAUCGUCCAGCCAUGUCAUCGACACGGUAGGACCAGCAACAGUGGACGAGCAAAAAGAAGCGGAUUUGUACGACGCGGAAGAACGCGAAACCGGCUCCGUAUCGUGGUCAGCCUACACCGCCUACUUUCGAGCCAUGGGCAACCCCCUCUGGGCCGUCCUCAUAUUCGCCUCGCUGGGUCUUGGGCAGCUCGCGAGUGUUGCAAACUCGCUCAUGCUGGGGUUCUGGUCAGGACAGACUAUAGCGGGAUGGGGACAGGGAGAGUAUAUGGGCGUUUAUGCGGGGCUCGGGAUGAUGAUGACGCUGUGUAUUUUCGUCUCCAUGUACAGUAUGAUUCUGGGCGGUCUCCGAGCGUCUUAUACCCUGUUUCAUGAAGCUUGGCAUGGCGUUCUGAGGAGCCCGAUCAGCUGGCACGACCAGAAUCCGGUCAGCUUCAUCACACUCAACACCGACAUUGCUGAUAGUCCAGAUGUGCAGAUGUUGGAUGAUCGCCUGGCGCCCGUAUGGAACAACUUCCUCACCCUAGCGCUGUCUAUCGUGGGCACCUUCGUACUUAUCGUAUAUACAUACCCAUGGCUGGGGAUCGCAUUCGUCCCGCUAGGGAUAUACCUCUACUUUGCCGCUGGCUUUUACCGGCAGACGUCGAGGGAGGUCAAGCGGAUCGACUCGGUCCUUCGGAGCGAUGUGUAUAGCAGGUUCGGAGAGCAAUUGUGUGGAACUCUGGUCAUUCGGGCGUUUGGGAAGCAAGCGCAAAGUCUUCGAGGGGUCCAGUCUGCUUUGGAUAGUCAGGGUAGAGCUCUAAUACUGAGCAUUACACUACAGCAAUGGCUUAUAGUCAGGCUGGAUUUCAUGUCCCAGCUCCUCGUUCUCCUGAUAGCUAUCUUUGGCGUCAUGUUCCGGAAUUCGGUCGAUCCAGCCAAAUUUGGAGUCGUACUCACAUACGCUCUCGCCACGACUACUACUCUGACCAAGCUUGUCCCCCUCUUCGCAUACUGCGAACAAGAAAUGAACAACGUCGAGCGCAUCCAGCACUACCUCCACCUCACCCCCGAACCCCCCUCCACCCUCCCCACAGACCCGCCUCCCCCCUGGCCCCACUCCGGCUCAAUCAACUUCCAGAACGUUUCUCUCCGAUAUCGACCCGACCUCCCUUUCGUACUCCAGAACCUCUCCUUCUCUGUGCGGGCCGGAGAGAAGGUCGGUAUCAUAGGAAGGACAGGAGCGGGCAAGAGCUCCAUCACGCAGGUGUUGUUUAGGAUGGUGGAUUGUGAGUCUGGGGGAGGAGUUUGGGUAGAUGGCGUGGAUACAAAGACGAUCGGGGUGGAUACACUACGACAAGGACUAUCCAUCAUCCCGCAAGAGGCUUUCCUAUUUACCGGCACCGUCCGUCAGAACCUCGACCCCACCGCUUGCAGAACAGACUGCGACCUUAAUACCGCCCUUGAUGCUAUCCGCUGCAUCCCCGAAUUCGCCCAGAGUCUGCGGGGCAAGUUCCACCUCGAAUCCGAAGUGACUGAAGGGGGAGCCAACUACAGUGCGGGUGAACGACAACUACUCGCACUGACGCGCGCGCUCGUCCGUCGCCCGAACAUCCUCGUAUUGGACGAAGCGACCUCUUCUGUCGAUUCCACAACGGAUGCGUUGAUACAAAAGGUCAUUCAGCGGGAGUUUAGGGGGACGACGAUAUUGAGCAUUGCGCAUCGGCUGGAGACGGUGGUGUAUUUUGAUCGGGUCAUGGUUUUGGAGCAAGGGAGGAUUGUGGAGUUUGAUACGCCGUCGAAGUUGUAUGAAAAGGGAGGUCUGUUCAGGCUCUUAUGUGAGAAGCAGGUGAGUGUCAGCUAUGGCUCUCAGAAGGUGGUGUCUGAAAGAUGA